UAAACAAAUAAACUCACGGAGAGCACCCUAAUAUUUUAAUAUUUUUGUUCCGACCCGCCGGUGUAAGUUAUACAGUCACCGCCGCAAACUUGGAAGUUGCUGCUGCCUGCUCCGCCGCACUGGGCUGUUCGCAUAUUUUCGCCCCACCGCCACCGCCAACGUCACCGCCACCGCGCUGCUGCCGCAGUACCUACCGUCAGGAAUGUCAUUUCCAAUGCAUCUCUACGCUGAACUGGCGCCUUGUCUUUCGUCACUAAUAUUUCGCUCCUCUGCAAUUACUUCAGGUCUGAAGUAAAUUCCACCGUAACUUAUCCAAGUUUGCUUCUUCGAGACGACUCAGUAAACACCCGAGGCUCGAUUAAUUUUUUUUUUUUUUUCUGAGGAAGGCUUUGUUUCAUUUUACUUCUCUAGAAAAAUGACAGAAAUCUUCAGCUUCACAGCAUGCAGACAGCUUCUGCAACUGUUGUUUGCCGUACUCUUUUUCCACUGCUCCGAAUACAUCCUCGCAAUUUCCGUUCACGGCAAAAACAGCGUCAACCUCAAAUCUCUACUAAUCAGCCAAAAGUACGUAUUCGCAAUGGUCUGUUCCUUGAUCGAGUACCUCAUCGAAAUCUAUUUCUUCCCGGAGAUAAAAGAACACUGGUUACUGAGCAACACCGGCCUCGCACUAGUGGUGGUCGGAGAAAUUAUUCGGAAAUUGGCGAUAAUAACAGCUGGCAGAUCCUUCACUCAUCUUAUAAAAAGAUUCCACGAGGAGCAUCACGUAUUGGUUACUAACGGAGUUUACAAGUACAUUCGACAUCCGAGUUACUGUGGCUUCUUCGUCUGGUCUGUGGGUACUCAAGUAAUGCUCUGUAAUCCAGUUUCUGCAGUUGCAUUUGCUGUAGUUGUUUGGAAUUUUUUCCGAACGAGGAUUCCGUACGAGGAGUUUUACUUGAGGCAGUUUUUCGGUUCCGAGUACGAGGAAUACGCUAGACAGGCUGCUUCCGGAAUCCCGUUUAUCAGGUGAUGUCACCUUUGUAAUCUUGAAAUGGUGUUCUGAGAGAAGAUGCCUUUUUUAAAACAUGGUUUGUGAUUGCAAGUGGUGGAUUCUAUUCUCUCUGUUACUAAUUCUAUGCAUACAAAUAUUUUAUUAUUAUUAAUAAAAUAAUAAUUUAUUUUA